UGUGUGGCAAUGAGCAGAACUUCCUUAUGUAGAAUGUAGUAUGCACAUUAUACACUCAGGUGUCAGUUUAUCAGUAAUGUAUUAAUGAAGUUUUUAGGCUUUUAAUGACUGACUGGAGAAUCAGUGUUGUGCUGUGUAUCCUCUACACCAUCCAUCAGUGAACUGAAAUAGUCAUGCUGACUAUGCUGGAUGUUUACGAAGGCAUUUUUAGCAUACUGUUUUCCAAGCAAGAGAUACCAUGGUGAAUAAACUGUAUCAAAUCUGCUUAAUAAAUUCGAAUGAAUGUAAAAUAUUCUAACAGGCACACAGACAGACAGAUGUGAUUUUGGUGGUUGUAAUUCUUGUGAACCCCAUAGUCAUUUCCCUUAAAUCACAGUUUCCUAACCCUGGUCCUGGAGUACCCCUAGAGUACAUUUUAGUGUUUUUCCUGCUCGAACACAGCCACUGUUAAUUAUCUGAUUAGGUGUGUUAAACGAGGACAAACACUAAAAUGUAAAUACUCCAGGUCCCGGGUUGAAAUCCUUCGCCUUAAAUGAUCCAUAGAGUCCUAUGGCUGUAACAUUAGCCAUCUUUGCCUGUGUGACGCUUCAAAGACCAUUUAGUCAGAGGCAUGGUGGUGACCUUCUGUGCUCCCCCACGGCACCAAAACUGAACAGAACAGAAAUAAGACUCCUGCAUUAUUUCAAUCUCACUCUCUGUAGACUGGCCGUGUUGAAAGUGGCAGGAAAGGGCUGUCGUGUAGAAAAACAUUUUAAUGGGAGAUGUUUCCUCUGUUCUUUAUUGAGGCUGGUAUUGAUGUGCUGCUGCUGGUCGUUGUGCUUUGAUGGAAAUCUCCUGAGCACUUCCAGGCUCGCGUGGCUCUCCAACACAAGGCACAUAUUUAGACCUAAAUAAAGCAGGCUGCAGCAAGUGUUAGCAUCACUGACUUUUUGGAAGCGAUACAUUAGGCUUUAAAUGCUUCCUGGGGUCUGCAGCUAUCACUUGGUAGAGCAAAUGAGCCUUUUAACAAAUAAUAUUGUUGUUUUGUGAGUGUGUGUGAGAGAGAGAAUGAGCGUCUUGACCUAAUGUGCUGCCUGCAGUAAUUAGGGAUUGAGACUUGAGAACAACAUAUUGCUGAAUUUCAAAAAGAAAACCCAUUUAAAAAAAAAAAAAAAAAAAAAAAAAAAAGAUUGAGAUUAUGGGCCACAAAGCAUUCAGAUAGUGAGAUGUUUCAGUCAAAGCCCUGCAGCUGUAAUUAUGUUCUUUGGUAUCGUAACCAGUAAUUUGUAAAUGUCGAAUGAAAGUAAAUAGAUUAAUUAUGAUUAAUCACUGUAAUGUCGGUUAGAAGCACGAUUGCAGAUUUAUGAAUUUGAUUAUAAAUUUGCAAUUGAUAAAAUAUUAGGUUUGUGGGGUUUUCUUUUUUAUCAUCAUAGUCUAGUGAGAUUUCUAAUCAGCAGGUGUCACAAUUAAGGCAUUAUUGUUAGUGUAGCCUCAAAUAGCACAUACAUGUAACUAGUGAAACCUACAGCUACUAUAGGUAGUGCCUGUGUGUGUAAAUAAGGUGUAAUAGUGCUCACGGGAGGGUAUAAAUACACCCCAGCAGUGCGGAAGCACACCCAGAUGGAUCUGUGUUUAGUGAAAAUAAGGCAAACCUGCUGGCUCACCACAAUGUGUCAGAAGGGGGAGGACAAGCUGGCAGUCGUGCUGAUAACCUACUGCCUCAUCUAGACUUGGAGAAAGCUGAGAAAGAAACAAAUUAAUUCUCUUAGUGGGUAUUCACCAUUGAAUUGCUUUAAUCUUGGAACAGGUUUGAUCUGUGUCCAGAAAAGCUUGGCACCGAUCAAAUAGUAUUGCAUUGUGCUCUCUUUUUUUAAAUCCUAAGUGAGAGAAUCAUAAGUUUCCCCUCUCUUAACAAUGAAAUGGUUCCUACGAAUUACAUGCUGAAUGUAUUACCAGAACAUCUAUUGUUUUUAAAAUAGUUUCCCUGUAACUUGAUUUUGUACCUUUUGUUACUGUAUAUUUGUACUCAGUACUGCAGUACCAAGCCUAUUGUCUUAACUUUCAUCUUGAUACUCUAAUUUAUAAUAAUAGCACUCUCUUACUCUGAUAUGGUUCAUUUCAGUAUGCUUUGAUCUUUUCGCUCCUUCAGAGUGGAAGAAAAUGAAUAACCCAGAUGAGAUGAUCAUGUUGAUAAGUGUGUAUGUGUCUGUGUGUUUGUUUGGGGUUUUUUUUCCCAGGUUGUGGAUUACUCAUGCCCCUUCACUGACAUUCUCUUCUUAUAAAUCAUUAUGGAGUCUGGAGAGAGAUUGCCAUCCUCCACCCACUCCCAGCCAUCCAUCAGCUCCUCUGCUCCACCUCCAGCUUCAUCACCAAACAUAACGAAUGAUAGUGGACAUCUGUUUCAGCUGGUUAGCGAUCCAGGUUUUAGAACAUCUUUCCCCAUGUUGAGCCAUCCAGCAUUCAGGCUGUAUGCUCCUCUGUCUGGAUGCUCCGAUUUCAGAGGUCUGGGGAUUUUGGGAUUUCAGGGAGGCUUAACGUCCCACCCACAACUUGGAACGUUUCCAGACUGGUGGAGGGCGUCUGAUGCACAGCUUCAUGGAACUGCUGCGCUCUUUCCUCCUCUCCUGGGCCUGCCUCCUCUAUUCACCCCUCCAUCACUGAGCCAGUUACAUACUCCCAUGAAGAGUACACGGGGCUCUGCUAAAGGGUUGAAUGGUGCAGUCAGUGGCAAUGGCAAAGCAAAAUCUGCUUCCUCUGGAGCAAGCUCUACUUCCUCCUCACCCUCACCAGCUUAUACAACCUCUGAACAGAACAAGACCACCAAAGCCAUCCUCAACCUCUGCAAAACCGAACAGUCAGCCAGCAAUCCUCCAAACUGGAGCAGGAAGCAGAAGAUCAAGACUGAUCAAGCCCAAGAGAAAGCCAGCCGCAAAGCAAAAGAGAAACUCUGUACAACAGUGCCAGACAUUUCCAGCAGCAGUGAUAGCCAAUCAGGAUCCAGUUCUGACAGCUCUAGUGACACACUCAGCAGUUUGGGCUCUGUUGACCUGGAGAAUGAAGAUGAUGAGGAUGUGAGUGUAUGCAGUGUUGAUUCUGGCUCUCAGAGGGGACAAAGAGUGAGCAGGAAGGUUAAGAACUCCUCACACAUGGACCAAGCUAAAGGUUGCUUUUCUGAUAGACCAGAUAUGUGCUCUAUGGACCCUACACAAUCCCAGGCAGCUCCAUUACUCUUCCGCAGCUCAGAGACCAGAGAAGAGCACAACAAGCACUCCAGUGUCAUCCAGGCCACAGGAGUAGCAGGCAGCACCAAGGCUUUCUCCUUCCCUCCACAGCCCAACCGAGAUGCCUUGUCCAAACCUUUGUGUCUCACCUUGUCUCCCAAA